AUGCCUAAAUUCCCACCAAUAUAUCCUCGCAAGUUGACGGCUGAAGAAGAAAUUCUCAUGUGGCAAUUUCUCGAUCCAAAUUGGCCUCCGAAGGACGAAUGUGUAAAUCAUAUCAAAUCAUUUCCUCAAGUCAAAGAUUUCCCUUCCCUCUUCAUGUCAGCAAGAAACAAAGGAUUUGACGUAUCUGCUUUCCUUGGCGAAAAACAGAACCUUGGGCCAGAGGAUGAACAUCCAUUGCCAUGGUACCCACCCUUGUGUGACAGAAUACUUCCUUUAGAUCAUGUUGAUUUUCUGGAUACUUUGAAUUCGGUGAAAAAUAGAGACAGGUUGCCGAUCAAUAUUCCAGAUCCUUCAAUACGAACAGCUUUCCUCGAAGAAGCUGCAAGUUUCAAACCUAAGGAGGAAGAAAUUGGUCAACGUAUAUUAACAGCACUAAAACGGGAAAUUGGCCCUUCUUGGCUGCUGUAUAACCUGGGCAGCUUGUACUGGAGAGCUCUAGGUGACGUCCCAAACUCCGUAGAGUGCCUCAGAAGAGCAUUACACACCGUUCCAGAACAUUUCAGCGACGUUGUCCUGGUGAAUCUGGCAACGCUUCUAUUUAAGGCAAAUCAGUUGGAAGACGCUGUAACAACUGCAUAUCAAGCCCUUAGCAUCAGUAAAACAGAGCCUAUUACUCAUUUCCUGCUAGCAAACUUGAAUGCCUUGAAAGGAAACUUAACAGGUGCGAUUCAGCAUUACAGGAGGACUCUUCAGUUGGAACCUUCCAACACUUCUGUUUUACGCUUUUAUCAGAUUGUUAAAUGUUAUCACCGACGUAACGUUAAAAUCCUGAAAAAUGAAGGCGAAAUUUUCUCUAAGGCGCAUAAUGAGAUGUGUCGCCCGAAGCCAUCAUUGGACAGUCCAAGCCAAAGCUGGUCCUGCUAUGAGGAUCAACUGACAAGCUACAACCUGUUUGUGGAAGACGUCAAUUCGGACUUGGAAGAAUACAAAGUAUCGUCACACGAAAUGACCGGAAGUUCCUGUAAACCUUCGGAAGAAAACUACAAAAAAGAAACACGUGGUCAAGAAACAGAAGGAAGAAAUUCCCCUAGCAUCCGGGACAACCAAGGUACUGACGAGGCUUCGUCUGUGCUAGAGGAAUCAGUAACCAGUUUUGACGCAUCAUCAUCUAUUGGUCAGGUCAACUUGCAGAAUUUAAAGAAUAAAGUCCGCCUGAAAGUCUCCGUCAGCGGAAGACCAGAACAACUGAACGGAGAAGGAUAUGGCAGCGAAAAUUCAAGAGCUUCGCCAUCUAUGGAAGACAAAACUAACUAUUACGAGGAACCUCAGGAUAAAAGCGCACAAAUGACUCUUUCCGAAAGUUCUAUCGUCGAUGACCCGUAUCCAUCCAUUCUCGUAGACCCAACAGUACACCCUUACCUGACUGUUGCAAGUGUGGCAGAAUGCGCCAGAAUAAAGAAAAUCAACUUGAAACAGUUUACAAGCACGUGGCUUUCCGUUUCAGCAAAGAACAUACACGUUUCGCAACAUUUGGUGAGCACUACAAAUGCUAUAGGACACAACUUGAAGCCAUAUUGUGAUUCUUCUUUUCCCGUUAGUCUACUUACUUUAGACCACCUAGCGGGAGUUCGACAGCGCCAUCUCUUAAAAUUUACACCCGAAACAGGACUUAGAGAAGCCUUUUUGACGUUAGGGGGCGAUUUCUUCGAUACCAAUAUUGAUGUUAUGGCAACUCGUGUUGCACUUUCACUAACAAGGAAUUCUACUUCCUGGGUCUUAACGACCUUGGCUGCCCUCUACUGGCGAGUAACUGGAGAGGCUAAUCAGUCGGUGAAUUGUCUGCGAGUGGCCUUGCACUCCGCUCCAAGAGAAAUGAAGGACAUCCCACUGAUUAGUUUGGCGAAUAUUCUCCACCGUGUGGGAUUGCUAAACGACGCCCUGAUCGUUGCCAACAUGGCGCUGGAGAUCUCCCCUGAUAUCGUUGUAAUCCACUUUAGUAUUGCCAACAUUUAUGCUGCGAUGGAUGAUCUAGCCAGAGCAACCGCCUUUUACGAGUCCACCUUAGCUCGUCAGAUGUCGUUUGAACCAGCAAGAGAGCGCUUACGUUGGAUACAGUGUAAUGCUGUGUACGAGGGUACAAUUCAUACGUCAGAAGAAUGAAAGUUGAACAUAUUGAAAUUAGAUGUGUGUG